CAUCUUGGGUAAAAAGCAACAUGGCGGCUGCCGUAGUCUGCAAGGUGCCCAAACGGGUACUUUUACGUGUCAACAGUAGUGUGAUAACACAACAGGCAGAGACAUCAUCAUUUAAGGAAUAUGUCAAGAAAAAUUCGGUCAUGCUGAAGGCUGUUGUUGGUUCAGCUGUUGUGGGGACUGUGGGAGUAGGCGCUGCUGUGUUUGCUGGUGUAUCUGCUUCAGCUCAUGGUGUGCAUCCUCCUUCUUAUGCCUGGGGCCAUAGACCCUAUCUAGCUUCACUGGACAUGGCAAGUGUGCGCCGAGGUUAUGAAGUCUAUAAACAGGUGUGUGCGGCCUGUCACAGUAUUAAGAACAUGAGAUAUCGGUACAUGUCUGAUGUUUUUAUGUCGGCCAAGAGAGCAACUAAAGAAGCAUCUGAGAUAAUGACAUUGGAUGGCCCGGACAAGGAUGGGAACAUGUUCGAGCGACCAGGAAAGGUCAUUGAUCUUUUCCCUGUACCUUAUGCCAACAAGGAGGCUGCACAGGCUGCGAACAACGGGGCAGCACCCCCAGAUAUGUCAUACAUUGUGUUAGCUAGAGAGGGAACAGAGGACUAUAUUUUCUCGUUACUGACUGGAUAUUCUGACCCACCAGCUGGGCUUGAACUGGGCGAGGGCCAGCACUAUAAUCCAUAUUUUCCAGGAGGAGUGUUAGCCAUGGCGCCACCUCUUUAUAAUGAAAUCAUAGAAUAUGAGGACGGAACACCUGCGACAAAGAGUCAGCUAGCCAAGGAUGUCAUCACCUUCCUUAAGUGGGUCGGCGAACCAGAGUUUGACGACAGAAAGAUCUGGGGAAUGAGGGGGGUACCUCUGUUGGUCAUACUCACAGCAGUAAUGUAUUACUACAAGCGGCAUAAAUUUUCUUACCUCAAGUCGAUGGUGAUUACUCUGAAGAAAAAGGCACCCAAGAAAAGUAGGAUGUUCCCAGUGCAGAAAAAAUAGCCAUUGACCUGAACUCAGCUGGACAAGUGUGACCGUUGACAUUUCAUGUGAUUUCAUAUAUUUAUAAAACUCAGUAAGAACAAUUUUGUCUGAAGGGAAAAGAACUUUAUAAUUGAAGUCCAGAAAAUUGUGUACAAUAGUUGAAGCGUUGAAUGAAUAAAUGUUAAUGUCUUAUUGUUUGUAUGCUUUCCAUUCUUUCUGCUAUUAAAAGAAUGGCUUGAUUGGUCUAGACUUUUAA